UCUUACCCAUUUACUGGGCUACAAUUCCUUGCUGUGUGGGAAUACUUCUUCUUAACAGUAUCAACUACAUGGAUGGUCCGCCAUAUCCAUUGUACAUUCGAGUGAUAUUCCAUACAUUUUUAAGGCCUGUGAUGGGGGCGUUAAUUGGCAUCCUCAUUCUUGGUAUGGUGUUUAAAUUUGAUAAUUUUUAUCGCGGACUUUUGGAGUGGGAAGGCUGGGCUUGGAUAUCCCGAGUUUCUUACGGAACAUAUUUGAUACAUUUGACCUUUAUACGAAUAAUUUUAGGCAGCUCAACGAAAUUGUUUACUCUAUCAAUAUUAACAAUCGUGCCAGUAAUCGGUAUGGCGUUUAUAUCAUUUGUAGUCGGUACAAUAAUUUGGUUACUAAUCGAAUCGCCUGUAAAUCAAUUGGUCAAGCUAUGGAUGGAAACCCCUAAUAAGAAAAGUGACAAACAGAGUAACGAAGCAAAGAAAAAUGAUAAUAUUGAUGUCCAUGUCCAAGUUAUAACAUGAAUUUUUUUUAUGAAUAUAAAAAUAUAAAAAUGUAGAUGAAAUGGUUUUUCUUGUUUAACAUCAUCAUAUGUUGCUGGCUGUUGCUCGUGACUCUAUCCUUACGGAAUAAAAAACAAACUUGGUAGCUUAUAUGUUCUACUAUACUAUGUUCUACAUCU